AUGGCUCCCCUCGUCUCGUGUCGCGGGAUUCGAGUCCCUCUGAAAUCUCGACAAACAACCGCCGUCAAGCUACCACGGAAGCUCUCCCAUUCCACCACCCAACAAGCAAAACCCAUAUCGGCGAUCCCAUACCCAGGCGACUUUAUCCAUCAUGGCUUCGGUCACCAGCUUGAAGAAGAAAGACAACCCCUCGAACAAGACGAGCUCCUCCUCCUCCGAACCCUUCUGGCGAGACCUGUCGCAAAGAAACCAUCGCCCGCAAAACGAUCGCCAUGGAUAGACGGCUUCACGGGAGCCUUCAGACAGCCACAAAAGAUGCUAUCCUACUUCAAAGAGAACAAACUCGAAAUCCUACAACUUCCGCCGACAGCUUUCAGCGAACUUCUCCGGUCCGUUGACCCCAUCGAAGCCAUCCGCAAAGACCAAGACCCGCUAGGAGACAUCUGGGUCGACCCAGUCAUGGCCGACUGGUCGCCACUAGGAGCUCUGGUCAACAACUACGGCAUCAGGAAAAGAAACACCGCUAUCUACCCCCUCGUUCACGAAGCCGCCUUCCGUCGAUUCCGGGAUGGCUCUCCUCUUCUCCUGUCCGACUACAAGGUCUUGCUCCGCUACGCCGGCUCGAUCUCGGACCCUAUCCUAGCCCGCAAGAUCUGGUUCCACAUGAACGUCUCCGAAAAGAUGUGGGAGCGCCAUACGGGCAUGUACGCCGAGUUUCUCAAAGCCCGGUUCUUGACGGAACCGCUGUACACCCAAAACAACCGACACGACUUCCGCGUCAAGCCCGUGAACCUGUUUCCUGAGAAGCGGUUUCUGCCGUACUUCACGCCUGAUAACCUGUCGCAGCUGCGCCAGAUGAACUUUGACGAGACCAACAAGCGGCUGGACAAGUUUGGACAGAAUCCCGGUGCUGAACACAAGGUGGAAUACCUGAUGAGGAUGUUACGGCGGAGUUCACCUAUUGAUCUCGUUUUCGGGACUGCAAGAAACAGGGUACAUCUGCUUUCAGAAGAGUUUAUCUGCGCUGCGAUGAUAGCCUACGCCAGAACGGGAGUGAUGGAAGACGUCCAGUCUGUUCUCUGGUUCAAUUACAAGAUCGACGUCACGGGGUCCAUCGAAACCGGCGACUUGAGCAUCACCGGCGGGCGGCGGGACUUCUUCCCCGGUUCACCAAUGGCGCCUACCACCCGUCUUCUACAAGCCAUCGCCACAUGUUACGGCUCAAACGGCAUGAUAGCCAUGGCAUGCAAGAUGCUCGAUCACGUAUCUGCCGCGUACAAGCUUCCAAUCCCCCCCAUUGGUGUGGUUUGA